AACUGCUGCUGGGUGGCUGCCUUUGCUGUUGAGCUUUUCAGGAGGACCCACGUGAAUUUGUAAAUCGGUGCCACAAAUGCAAAGUUUUGCUAAUUUUAAGGGGCAGUUUUGGUCUGAAGGUACAGAGAAGCUUUAAAAUUUUAAUGGAUAUUGUCUUUACUGUAAUUUACCAUACGACAUACUGAUAUUAGUUUGGACAUUUUUUUGUUAAGCAGUGACACAAGGCAUGACUUGAUAAUGAGAAAGCACAAGGCUUUAAACAUCAGUACAUCAAAGAAAGAGCUGAGUGAUUUUACUGACCAUGCAAUCUGAACUUCCUUUAGGCAGAUCUGGGCAACAUGAAGUAAAAAUCCCAGUGGAUGCUCUGUACUGAUACUCCAGCAGUUGUUAGGUCUGGAAAAUGACCUACCUUUUGUGCCUUGAUUUUUUGUGUAUCUUAAAUAACAAUCUGCCCCUGCUUCACAAGAAAGCUGAGAACUUUUAUGUGUCCUGUGUUCUAACCACCUUCUUGACAUAUUGGUUAAAUUUUGGAAAACUUUUAAAUGUCAUCUCCUCAAAAUGUUUUACACAGUAAGCCAAGCUAUUUUACGUGCUUUCUGUAUAUGUGAACUGGAGAACUUAAGGAUUUUAAGAGCUUCUAAUUGCACUUCGAGUUUUUAAGGUCUCAUUUUGAAUGUAGCCUUUGUAUUUUAUUGCUUUUGUAGUCUCUGAUCUUUUUGCAUUUAAAAGCAUUGAUUAGAAUAUAAUGCCUUAAGAACCUGUUAAUAAAUGUCUUUUACCUGGAAGUCAGUGCCUGCCUUUACCUGUUCAUGAUUUUCCUAUUUCUGAUAAGGCUCUUCCAUUUUGCUGAGAAAAAUCAAAAUGGGAAUUCCUGCCAUCAGUGUUUGGGGCUCCCCACACAUUCUGCUGUCAAACUCCAGGGCAAUGAGAAGUCCCUACAGCAAAGCUCCAGCAAGUUGUCUUGAUGCAGGUCUUGUAGAGCACUGCAAAUAUUUCUUUUGAAAGGCUAUUUAAUAGGAUAAAUAUACCCAGGCUUCCCAUUCCUCUGCAGUUACUCACAAUGUAAAACUGUCGUGCCAGGGAUUGGGUUUCUGCCUUGAGCUGUCUCCCUAUAUGUGAGCUGGAGCUGCAUUUACUCCUGGAGGUGGGGGGAAGAAGACUUAUUUGAACCUAAUGAGAUUUAAAAAGUUUUCAUUCAGGGAUUUUGCAAAGAGGUGGCUCAGAUGAGGCUGCAAGCUCGAACUUUGGUUCUGGAGAUGCAAUUCACUUCCCCUCAUUCUCUUAGGGGACAGCAAAAAUCAAGGAUUUGAGUUCAGCAUCUUGCAGGUAUUAAGAAAAAAGGGCUGGAGAAUGGUGUGUGAUUCUACAAAUGAGAGGUCUGCAAUUCAUCUUACGCAGAGUGAGAUAGGAUUAGCAUGUAAAGUCCAUGUCCUCAUUUAGGGCUGCCCUUACGGGUAUCUUGAUUUUUAUUUCUAUUUGCCAGUCCUCUAGGAAUCUUCUGCUCCCUAAACUAGGAAAACUUGUAGCAGUUCUAUUUAUUUCGGUAAGUAGAGGCAGGGGGGAAAAUAGGGUGCAGAUAGGUGAAGAUGCCUGUUCUGUGCAGCUGCAGUAGAGGAAGUACUGUAGCUUGUGCUCAGACACCUCAUCCUCAUUCCUUAGUGUUCUGUGUCUAGGCUGUCAGGGAUGUGUGGCACCAGAGAUGCUGGGGGAGAUGGGACUCUGUGGCUGAAUGCAUUUGCUCUGUGUGGUGGCUGGAUGAGAAAUCCUGUCUCCAGUGCUACUCUAUUUCCAGAUGUCCCAUGCAAGAAGCCAAGCUAUAGGCAACGUGUGGUUUGAUACAUGUGCAGAUGUGGCUUUUAGCUGUUGAAAAUGAAAGGCGGAUAUAUGAGGCAUUUGAAGUAUCUUGCUUCAGUUAUGCAUCCAUUUCCUCCCCAGCAGUAGAUGAGAUGUGGAAGAAAAUUGACCACCAUCCUUUUGAUCUACUCACUAUAUUGAUAAUGCUGUGAUUUGCUGUGUCAGCACAGCUUAAUAAUCCUCAGUUGUUGAGAGAGAUGAACUGCAUAUGGAAAUCUUUUCUCCAGGGGAAAGCAAAUUUAGAUUUCUCUAAAUUGCCUCACUUUAAAAAAAGGAAGAAAAAGAUAAAUUCUAAACUGCUUAUGAAUAGUGGGAAAUUAUUUACUGCUUGAGGAAAAAUUAGCAUUGAAAAGCUGCUUGAUGUAAGUUGGCAAAUGUGAAUUUGUCGAUGUCUUGUCAUGACAGUUUUUCCAGAACUAGUCCAUGAUGUGUUCUGCUUCACUGUGUCACCUUAAUCCAAGAGCAUUUUUGAGAUACACAGGAAAGGGGAAGUGAACAAACUUUGAUGCUUUGAUAUCCAUGGGAAGAUACCUCUAAAUAUAUAUUUAUAUAUACUUUUCUUUUUAGUAAUUUCACUCUACCUAUUUAAGGGGGCUGAGUACAGCUCAGAUUGCUAGAAAGGGGUGUUGAUGUAUGCAUUAGUACGAAGGGGCCCCGGUGUUACCCAUUGCUGUUCCAGACCAGAGCAGUGCUGUAAUCCCUAGGCUGGUGUUAACUGCUCUUUGUCAGACAGACCUGGCCUCUUGGGAAGCUGAAGAAUGUGCCCCUGGCUGCACAGACGCUGUUCCUGCUGCAGGAUGCUGCAUCUGCAGGCCAGCGAGUGCUGACACGAAGCGAUGGUGAAGGAGCCUGCCUUGAACCCCUUGGAAUGUGUGAGCUGUUCCUCGGCCCACAGAGGUGUGGGCUGGGGAGAUAGCACAGGAAUGUGCAGUAUAGAACUUGCUCUUUUCAAUGCAGCUUGAACUGGUAAAUGAGGCUUAGCCUAAAGAUUUGCCGCGCUCUUCCAUCUUGCUACUUUGGUGGUAGAAGGGAUACUUUCUGAGUGGUUCAAUUCGUUGGAUGUCAGCCUGAGAGUUCUUGACCUGAGCUGUUGAAAUGACCAGCAGAGCUUUGGCUUUUGCUGGGAAUUACCUUGAAGCAAUGCAGUUGGUAUUAAAGGGCUCCUUAUACAUAUCUAACAUAUGUGCAGAGUGGUGUGGGGGAUUUGUAGACCAGAAUCCCAAGGACCUCAUAGUCAAUAAUGAUUUUUGGCAAAAGUGAGGAAAGGGACAGAGGAGCAGACUAAUGUCCCUGGACCUCCAGGUGUCUCGGAGUGCUUGAUAAUGGUAAAGGUGUCAAAUGUGGUAUCAUUCUUUUACUGCCCCUCCUCCACAGGAAAACCUGUGUAGAAAACCCACCUGAAUGCAAACACCAAUGUCCUCCCAUACUGGGGAGGAUGUGGUUUGAGUAGCCCUCAGGCCUGAAUAUGAUUUCAAUAUGAGUAGCCCUCAGGCCUGAAUAUGAUUUCAAUAGAAUAUGUAAUUUUUGGGCUGCCCAGUGGAGGGGAGGAAGACUCUGUCCUUCUGUUUCAUGUUUUUACACAGCUUUACCAGGUGGGUGGGCCAGGCCAGGUUACCUGAGCCUGUGGGGGACCAGCCAUGUACAUGCUGAGGUGCUCUGUGCUGCAGUGGACAGCGAGGUUAGGGUUUUGUUGGCUGUGUGAUCGCUCCAGAGUAGCCAUGAUAAGCAGGAGUGUCCACGUUGGUGUUUUAGCAGGUAUCCCUUUUGCACCCUCCUGAGCAGCACCCUGCUAAUGGAGUGGAAAAUACAGAUUUCUCUAUGCACAGCCCAUGCAUAGCUGAGCCCUACCGAAUCUUUGGAAACUGGAGUGAUUCUGCUCCUUGCACAUGUCUGUGAGUUGACAUUUUGUCUGUGGGUUGUGUUAGUGGCUUUUUGUAGUGGUGAAAAGUGGAGAGAGGGGUGAUUCUGCAGAGGAGCAAUUGGUUGAAGGUCCAUUAUAACUGUGGUUUACUUUACUGCUACAAAAUGGUUAAAUCUAUUCUCUAGAGAUAACUAAAUUUGUGGUCUUUAUCCUUGGGAGGUUCUGCGUCCUAGAGCUGUGUCUGUAGUGUUCCAGAGGGUAUUUGGGGCAGCGGUAAGGCUGUGGUGAGGUCAGUGUGUGUGGUUGUUUCCGGAGUACUGGGCGGUAGCUGCUGUGAAGAUGCGCGUCUCGGUGGGGAGGUGUAGCACACGUGGCACCGCCGAGUUUGUGUGCCUAAAACAGGGGCAGGUUCUCGGCUCUUGCGGGGCUGAACAGGUGAGGUGAAGGCACUGCCAAGCUGGGCACUGCCGUGGGUUUCGUCGCUCUGUCCCUGUGAGGGUGUUGGUGGUGCCCUCUGAUGGAUGGUGCCCGUGGGCACUGGCCCGAGUUCACUGCCUUGAGGUGACCCAGUCAGCUGCUUCCUACGGGUUGUGGGGACUAACUGGCUGAUUCACACCUCCUGCAGCACUGUCCCUCAGGGGUCACCUUGGGCAGGAACACUUCAUUACCCAGUAAAUCGAUCGAGACUUUAAUAUUUCUAUUUAAGCAUUUAAUAGUCCAUUUAAGGAGCGGCCACUGUAGUGAACUCAGAGCUGUGAUGAGAAGUGCAGCACUGCACAAGGGACAGCAUCCCUGUCACAGUUCAUCAGGUUACAGAUGCUGGGCCCUUUUGUAAAAGAGAGAGCAAUGCAUCUUUUUCGAUUAAUAAAUCUCCCUUCUUCCCCCUCAUCUCUUAUCUUACAUUGUCUUCUGGUAGUUGCACAAAUCCUAAAUGAAUGCACCGUGCUUUGGGACCUCUUGGGAUGAAGUGCUUCAUGCAAAACAAAAUGUUAAUCCCUUUGGUUAAUUUUUUGGUUGGGUUUUGAAUAAUUGCCUCAAGUCACACUCUGGACUGCAGAACUCCUUGGGGUGACCUCCAAGGGAGUGACCUGCAGCCCGUGCCUGUGGAUUGGCGAGUCGCUUCUCUCUGGCAGGGUGAUGUCCGUGAGGUGGGACAGUGCCACUGCCACUCUCACCCUGCCUUCGCCGGGGACGUUCUGCUGCUGGUGUUGGACCCUUUAAACAGGCGCAAUAUCCCAUUUCAUCAGUUUCAGGGAAGUGUGGUUGCUGAUGGGAUUGGAUCCGGGAACAGCAACGGGGAGGGAUGCGAAUGGGGAAGCCCUGUCUGUCGUGGCUGUGAGCUUGGAGCGGCUGGGGCGCAGGGAGGGGAGGACACGGAUUUGUAGGACUUGGGGGCGAGCAGGCACAAGGAGAGGUCCUUUGGCAUCGGGAAACCGGUGUGUGAGCGCCUUUCCUGUCCCGCCGGGUUGGGGUGGUGCCUUCGUGCAGCUGCUUCGGUAUCAGUUGUAAAGUUGGAGUUUAGUUUGAGUAACCGACUGAUUCCUCUCUAGCCUUUUUCUCCUCCCUCCGCUUCUCGUUCCUCGGCUCUGCCUGUUUGCUCAAGUCAGGAAGGGGGAGGAUAUGGGGGAAGUUAAUCAUUAAUCUUAACUCCUUCACAGCCACGGGGCUCAGUGCUCCUGGUAUUUCCAGACCUCCCUUCUUCCGCAGACUUGUAGAAGUAAACCAGUGCGUGUAGCCGAGCUCGCUCUGUGUCAUUAGCAAAAGGCAGCGGGUGUCUAUCCCAUGGAUCAUCAGCACAGAGAGGAGCCGAGCAGGGGAAUUUAUGUGGCGAGAUGGUUACAGCUGCCGGUCCUGCACUGAGGGCUGGAGGUGGAGGGUGGAAAAAUGGUUUGGGUCCCCUCUGCAGGGCCGGAGGAGCCCAACAUCCUCACGGGAUUUUCACUUCCUGGUGGAGUUUGAUUUGCCUUUGUCAUUGGAGAGGAGAAGCAAAAACCACUCCUUCUCGGCAAGCACUGCUCUGGGAGGUUGUGUGCCUGAAAUCUGCAGUCGUAGGACCUGCCUGACUGUAGGAAUUGCAGCUCAUCGGCAGUUUCCUGGAGACGCCUUACUGGCAGACCUGGAAUCCACCACCUCACAUAUCUCCAAACGACCAGUGUUUCUCACGGAGGAAACUCCUUACUCCUACCCAACUGGAAACCACACAUACCAGGAGAUUGCUGUGCCACCCCCGGUGCCCCCACCGCCUUCCAACGAGGCCCUGAAUGGCACCGUGAUCGACCCCUUAGACCAGUGGCAACCCAACACACCCAGAUACGGCCACCAGCAGCCUCAGUCCCAGUCUCCUAUAUACAGCUCUAGUGCCAAAAGCUCCAGUGCCUCAGUUCCUAGAGACGGGCUCAGCUCUCCUUCUCCCCGUGCCAGUGAGGAGGAGCACGUCUACAGUUUCCCAAACAAGCAGAAGUCUGCAGAACCAUCUCCCACAAUGACCAGCUCCUCUCUGGGCAGCAACCUCUCAGAACUGGACAGACUCCUUCUGGAACUGAAUGCUGUUCAACAUACUCCUGCCAGUGGCUUCACAGCAGAUGAGGCUGGCAGAAGCCCAUCACUGCCCAGUGUGGCUGGCCCUCACUAUGUUGUCCCAGAGAGUAGCAGCUCUGGGGGAGGGAAGGCUGCACCCGCAACAAAAGAAAAGCCAAAGCGAAAUGGUGCACGAGGGAUUGAAGAUGUGCGUCCCAGUGUGGAGAGCCUGCUAGAUGAGCUGGAGAGCUCUGUGCCAAGUCCAGUGCCUGCGAUCACUGUGAGCCAGGGCGAGGUAAGCAGCCCCCAGCGCGUCACCGCCAGUCAGCAGCAGGCCCGUAUUUCUGCUUCUUCAGCUACACGAGAGCUGGAUGAGCUGAUGGCAUCUCUCUCUGACUUUAAGUUCAUGGCACAGGGAAAAGCCGGGAGCAGCUCUCCUCCAUCCACAGCCACCAAGCCUGGCAGUCAGCUGGAUACCAUGCUGGGAAGUCUUCAGUCUGACCUGAAUAAACUGGGUGUAGCUACAGUUGCCAAAGGUGUCUGUGGAGCCUGCAAGAAGCCUAUUGCUGGGCAGGUAGUUACAGCCAUGGGGAAAACCUGGCACCCUGAGCACUUUGUCUGCACCCACUGCCAGGAGGAGAUCGGGUCUCGGAACUUCUUUGAGCGGGAUGGGCAGCCCUACUGCGAGAAGGACUAUCACAACCUCUUCUCUCCACGCUGCUACUACUGCAAUGGGCCCAUCCUUGAUAAAGUGGUGACGGCUUUGGACAGGACAUGGCACCCUGAACACUUUUUCUGUGCCCAAUGUGGAGCUUUCUUCGGACCUGAAGGAUUUCAUGAGAAGGAUGGCAAAGCCUACUGCCGCAAGGACUACUUUGAUAUGUUUGCUCCCAAGUGUGGAGGCUGUGCCCGGGCUAUCCUGGAAAACUACAUCUCUGCCUUGAACACCCUGUGGCACCCUGAGUGCUUUGUCUGUCGGGAAUGUUUCACCCCGUUCAUCAACGGCAGCUUCUUCGAGCAUGAUGGGCAGCCCUACUGUGAGGUGCACUACCAUGAGCGCCGUGGCUCGCUUUGCUCCGGCUGCCAGAAGCCCAUCACAGGACGCUGCAUCACUGCUAUGGGCAAGAAAUUCCACCCCGAACACUUUGUCUGUGCCUUCUGCCUCAAGCAGCUCAACAAAGGAACCUUCAAAGAGCAGAACGACAAGCCCUACUGCCAGAACUGCUUCCUCAAGCUCUUCUGUUAGAGGCACCAUAGAUGGGCGCUAAAGCAUCUUUCUGCCACCCCCUUGGCAGUUCUGUCUCUCUGAACAUUACUGUGAUUUAGGAUCCUUACCAGGCAGGGGAGGAGGGGGGUGGGGGGUGGGGGGUGCUGCUAUGGAGAGGCAGUAGAUCCAGGGAUGAGAUGGACCAUUAAACUGGAAACGCCCUUGCUGUGUCUCAGGAGAGAGAGGCUGAGAUCCCUCAUUAUGCUGUGUGUGUGUCUGUGUGUGUGACUGAUAGCUGAGGUUAGCUCGAGGGCUCCAACAGGGAGAUUUCCCCAGCCCCCUCCUGGCAGCAGGAGGCUUUGCCAGUACAUUUCAGCCUGUGUCAGCUCUCUGAGCAAAUCGUGACACUUGCAGGCAACACAACCCUCUGCUUUGACACCUCCUUCUCAAGCUUUUGCCUGCACGUGUGUAGGGUGAGCGACAGCACAGCGAGGGCACCCUGUGGCCUCAGUGCCACUCUGGCUCUGCUCACAGAGUCACAUGGUGUGUGUGACUUCCUGAGACUGGAGCAUCAGCACAGGCAGCCAAGACCCUGCAAGGGUCUCUCCAGUUCCAUUACACUGUAAGGCGAUAAUACCACUUGCUCUUUUUUUUUUUUUUUUUUUUUUUAAACUAAGAAGAAUCAAGAUGUUACUGUGUGGGGUGUUUUUUCUUUUUUUCCCUAGUUUGUUACUCCUUAUCUCAAUGCCUUUUUCUCAGCACACUGGAGCAGGAGGUGGGGCAAGUCUCGACCAUCCCUCAGCACUGUUGUGCUCUGCUGUGCGGACAGCCUGUGCCAGGCAGCUCCGUAGGCACCCAGGCCAGCUCAGGGCAUCUGCUCCCCUCACCUACUGCUCCUGAGAGAGAGGAAGAGGCAUCACCCCUUCUUUAAACACAGGUGCAGAGAGGUCAGAGCAGCCUUUUUCAUCCAUCCCUGUCAUGAGUGAGUGUGACGUGCGUGUGUUUAUCUGGCCUGAAACUCUCCCAUCUAUCAGGGCCUGAAUCUGUCACAAGACUGGGGAGAAGGAAGGGUUUAAGAAGCCAGAAAAAAAAAUCUGAAAUUUAUAUCCUUUCUUCUUCCAGUUUGCUAAUGAGACCUAUCAGCUCCUUAGUAUUUCCCUUUUCUGUACUCUUGUUAAACAUGUUCUACUGAGAGAUGCUACAGCAAUAACCUUUUAUAUUGACUGUUACUGGUAUAACAAGUCCUGGGGGUCAGGUGUGCAUGACACACUUGGAGUUUUACUAUCAAAGUGAAUACUGUAUCCUGUCUUUGAUAAGAACUAGAUUUCUACACUGAUUUUGAAUUCAUAUCUAAUUUACUUUUAAUCCUCUUAUACAGAAAUUGUUUUUGAAGUGAUUUUAAGAAAGCAACUUUUAUAUCAAGCUGUGCUGUUCUAGACAGUGCCAGUUGUGCUGGCUUACUACAUCUGUAACCUCAAUGCUUUGUUAAGCCUAACUAACAUUCACUAUUUCCUUUUUGUUGCGGGUUGGGAGGGCUGGAAUCUAUGGGGAAGGGAAUGUGACUUGUAUUUUUUUUUCCCUAGCAAAGGCAGGUGAACUGUGAAUAGGUUUGGGGUUUUUUUUUUUCCUCCUCUGGGUCACCUAAAAGUGUGAUUCUGGUUUUUAUUGUAACCUAUAAACUGCUGUAUUUGAAUCACCUGCUGUUCUCCCAAAGCCGAGCUUCCAGGAUGUUAAGAGUGAGUCUUAAUAUGAUGCUAUGGGAGAAGGAGCUCAGACCUUUGCCCUUGGCUUCUCAUCUUCAGCUGCCUGAAACCAGAGCAGGGUUAAUUGGGGAAGGGGCUCCUUUUCUUUUGUGGAAGAAAGGUCUUGUGACUGAGGAGAAGAAACUGGGAGACAGACUCUCUUCCUGACUAGCUGUGCAACUUUGGGCAAGGUUACUAACCCUUACCGUGCCUCAGUUUCCCCAUCUGUAAAAUGGGGGCAGUUUAGCCUGGAUUUGUGAGGUUAUUCUGAGGCCUAGUUCAUGUUUGCUAAAGCACUUUUAGGUCUCUGGCUGGAGGGUGCUAUGGAGAGGGAAGUAUUGCGGUGAAGUUCCCGGUGGCCAUUCUGUGGUACCAGCCCUGGAGUGGUGUUUGGAAUUACUGCUCGAGAGAGCUGCUGCCAUUGCAGCGCAACACAACCAUUGGCAUCCGGUUGUGUUGUGCAGCUCGGCAGGUGCAUUAUAGGGGUCCAGGGGCAGCUGUGUCAGAAACCAGCCCUGAAAGCCUGGGUCACUGCCCCAUGUAACCUCAUUGCAGUGCUGUGCUGCCCUGCUCAAGUCACUGAAACUGUCCCACUGAUUGCUCCCAACAAACAAACCUCACUCAGUGUGUGGGUGGGAGGCCAGAGAGAGCUGUGGGAGCACUAGAGCUGUGUCAGCUGGGCUGAGCACAGCUCUGGGAAAUUCUUGAGGCAAGAGUCCUUAUGCAUUUGCCUUUUCAUCUUGUGAGUCUAUUUGACUUAAAAUGGAUGCUCCUAAGCUGCCUGUGUUUAUCUCGCUGGAAAGAUCAACUUCCUUGGUGCCGCUGAGGGGACACACAGCCGUUUUGUGGAAGUGCUGGAGAGGCGUGAGAUGUUUUUGGCACUGCCACUUUGUGGGACACCUGCAAACUGUGUAAUCCUGUGCCUCUCUUUCCCUGUCUGCGGAGUCUUUAACCUAUCUCGCUGCUAGCUGAGGCUGUGUCAGUGACACUUGUGGCACACCUGGGUGCAGGGUGCUGUGUAGGGUGCGUGGUGCUGAGAGGAGGCUCCUCUGGCCUUAGUGCUUAACUGAGAUAAUUUCACAGUCACCUUCUGCCUUCAUCUGGUGUCUGACAUGCUGGGAUGCGACACCGAUGCUACUCUGCCAAAUAACGCCUUGUGGUGGCUGCCGCCACUGUGGGUGUCCAAAAUGCCUGUUCGUUCACUGCAGAUGCGGUUUUAGGGUAGCACAGCCGCUGUUGGGGUGCGGGGGUGCGAGGGCUGGAGAUGGAAGUGCGCCGGCAGGGUCUAUGAGUGCACCCCCGGGCCAGGCGCUAUCCCUGGGGAAGGCCUUUCACAUCAUGUCCGGGCUGGGCUGGGGGGGAAGCUCUGCUGGGUCAACAAUUAUUUGAUUCUUUCCUCCCUUGUAAACUUCUAACUCCGCUUUUUUUUUUCCUCCAUUUAAAAUUGUUGCAGUUACGCCAAUAAAAUUUUCACCAUUAUUGUCA